GUAAAGAGAGGGAAAGAAACAUGUUGGAAGGCGCGCCCGUAAUCCAAUCAAUAUCCGUUACCAUCACGAGUUAUUAAUAUAUUUCCUUCAACGCCACGCCAUUACCACAUCACAUUUUUGGGUGUACAUUACUUUCCGUAUCAUCAUCAUCUAAACUAAUCCUUAAUUCCAAAUUAGAGUCCAAUUUCAUUAAUAUAUUAUAUUUUAUUAUAUGAUACGAUCAUAUCAAAAUAUUACUACUACUACUACUAUAUCAUCGUUCAACAUUCAACUACCUCUUCCUUCAUUCUCCUCUAAUUUCAUUUCACAACACAAAUCAAUCCCAAAACAAAAAAAUGCAAACCCUAAAAUCAAACGACGAAUCAAAUUCCGAAGCAGAGAGACGAAUCCAAAGACUAUCCCUACACCUAAACCCAAUUCCAAUUCCUCAUCUCACAUGGAAUCAUCAUCAUCAUCCAUUACAGAUGGAAAAUUGCAGUCGUGGUGGGAAGAAGUUAAUCGUUGAUGCGAAUUCGUUAACAGAUUACAUGAGAGGGAAAUACAGAGAUAUACAAGAAAAAGUUUUUGAUUACUUUAACGCUAAUCCUCAACUUCAAACCCCUCUUGAAAUUUCUAAAGAUAAUCAUAGAGAAUUAUGUAUGAAUCAGCUUUUGGGUCUUGUUAGAGGAGCUGGAAUUAGACCUCUUCAUUAUGUUGUUAAUGAUCCUGCUAAGUAUUUUGCUAUUUUGGAAGCUGUUGGUAGUGUUGAUAUGUCGCUUGGAAUCAAAAUGGGUGUUCAAUAUAGUCUUUGGGGUGGUUCUGUUAUCAAUUUGGGAACACAGAAACACAAGGAUAAGUACUAUGAUGGUAUUGAUAACUUGGAUUUUCCUGGUUGUUUUGCUAUGACUGAGCUUCACCAUGGUUCAAAUGUGCAAGGCCUUCAAACUGUUGCCACCUUUGAUCCGAUCACCGAUGAAUUUAUUAUUGAUACCCCGAAUGACGGUGCCAUCAAAUGGUGGAUUGGCAAUGCCGCGGUGCAUGGCAAAUUUGCUACUGUUUUUGCCAGGUUGAAGUUACCUAAUUAUGAUGUAAAAGGAAUUUCUGAUAUGGGUGUUCAUGCUUUCAUUGUUCCAAUAAGGGAUAUGAAGACUCAUCAAACACUUCCUGGAAUUGAGAUACAUGAUUGUGGUCAUAAAGUUGGCCUUAAUGGUGUUGAUAAUGGAGCUCUAAGAUUCCGUUCUGUGAGAAUUCCUCGAGAUAAUCUUCUAAACCGUUUUGGAGAUGUUUCCCGUGAUGGCCAGUACACAAGUACCCUUCCCUCAGUUAAUAAGCGGUUUGGAGCAACUCUAGGGGAACUUGUUGGUGGUAGGGUAGGCCUUGCAUAUUCUUCUGUAAGUGUCCUCAAGGUUUCUGCCACAAUUGCCAUCAGAUAUUCUCUAAUUCGUCAGCAGUUUGGACCUCCAAACCAACCCGAAGUCACCAUUCUCGACUACCAGUCGCAUCAGCAUAAGCUUAUGCCAAUGCUGGCUUCAACUUAUGCAUUUCAUUUUGCCACUACAAACUUAGUGGAGAAAUACGCUCAAAUGAAGAAGUCCCAUGAUGAAGAAUUAGUUGCAGAUGUCCAUGCUCUCUCGGCAGGUCUGAAGGCUUAUGUAACAUCAUAUACCGCAAAAUCACUCAGCAUCUGUAGGGAAGCCUGUGGAGGACAUGGUUAUGCUGCUGUAAAUCGGUUUGGUUCCUUGAGGAAUGAUCAUGACAUUUUCCAGACAUUUGAAGGAGACAACACGGUCCUUCUACAACAGGUUGCAGCCGAUCUUUUGAAACAAUACCAGAGAAAGUUCAAAGGAGGGACUUUAGCAGCAACAUGGAACUACUUAAGAGAUUCCAUGAAUACUUAUCUGUCACAACCAAACCCGGUUACUGCUAGGUGGGAAGGGGGAGACCAUCUACGAGAUCCUAAAUUUCAAUUAGAUGCUUUCAGAUACCGAACAUCUAGAUUACUUCAUAGUGUUGCUGUGCGACUUCAAAAGCACUCAAAACCUCUUGGGCAGUUUGGUGCAUGGAAUAGAUGCUUAAAUCACCUAUUAACACUUGCAGAAUCACAUAUUGAGUCAGUCAUUCUUGAGAAAUUCAUUGAAGCUGUGCAGAGCUGUCCUGAUCCAAGCGCUCAAGCUGCUCUGAAGCUUGUCUGUGAUCUUUAUGCUCUGGAUCGAAUAUGGAACGACAUUGGAACCUACCGCAAUGUUGACUAUGUGGCUCCCAACAAAGCCAAGGCAAUCCACAAAUUGUCAGAGUAUCUAAGUUUCCAAGUGAGGAAUAUUGCAAAGGAGCUUGUUGAUGCAUUUGAUCUUCCAGAUCAUGUAACACGGGCACCUAUUGCCAAGCAAUCAGGAGCUUACUCUCAGUACACACAAUAUGUUGGAUUCGAAUAAACUAAGCCCCCCAAAGAAGAUGAAUAUUUAGUUGGAGGAAUCGAUAUGAAAAGUGAUUUUAGCUCAUUGUUGAAAUUGGAUUAUAAUAGUGGUUGCAUCUGAUCAAAGAAACUCACACACAAAGCUCACAAUCAGAUUGAAAUAUGAUAUUUUUCAGUCAGAGAUUAUGGGUGGAAUAUAUAAAACACUAAUAGUUAAAAGAUUUGCACACGGUUUUUUUUCCUUUGGGAAUAUAUUUUCAUUUUCUUGAAUUCUCUCAUUCUUUUACGUCACUUUUUGAUAAUGGAAGUGCUAUUAAAGCUGGAUCAUUGGAGUGCUAUUUAGUCAUAAGCUGUACCUUUGUUAAAGUUGUGAAUGACUAAAAGUCCCCAUAUUUCCUGAACUUCUUAAGUUCCAGUUACAAUAAUGUAAUAAUAAUUACAUCUUUUUUUCUUUCUUUCAA